UGCCGACUUCUGGGGGCUGCCGAUUGCAUGGGACAGGACAGUACUAGUAAUAAAGUUGACAGCUUUGACAGAAGGCAUUGCACGAAAAUAUCUGCUUCCGAAACCCGCUCCGAAUAUGGUUUAGGAGCGCUGAGCAUGCCGCAUCGUGUCAUUGCCGCUCCGGUUGCACUGCUUGCACAUCAUACUCUUUCAAAAAUGAUCAUUCCCCAGAUAAAAUCUAUCGGGAGAACGAUUUCCAAGCAUACCAUUCGUCAGCUCAAGUUCAUCAUCCCUGGAGCUGCAAUCACAUAUGCAUUCAAUACCCAUCGCGUCUUUCUGGAGUUGUUAACCAGACAAGAUGUAGAAGGGCAGUGGGCAAGACUAUUUGCCUUUGCUUCCACAGGCUUUGAAGGACUUGUGAUCAUACUUUUCCUCUACGUCCUCCUGGUACCGUGGAUACACGGUCUCGAACCAGAUUACCGGUCUUGGCGAGACUCUGGAAUACUCUCUUCUGUCAUUCCAAUCUUGACCACUGCGAUCUUGGUUGGCUGGUCACUUCUGUCCUUUACCCUUGGAAGGUGGUCUAGUUUGGGAUACCUGGAAGGAGUAGUAGGGGCAUCUGGCUUGUAUGCACUCACGUUCGGACUAUUAGGCCUUCUUCCCGCCCCAAAGGUUCACCGCUCAUGACUAAGAGGUUACAGCAUUCUCUCGCGACGAAUCAAUCAUUCACAUGGACAUGUUGUGUUACUAAUUUAUGUACUGUGUAUCUGACGUUGCAACGUACUUUGGAAGUCUUAGGGGUACUGUGAGCGAGGUGACAUGUACUGUACCCCGGCGCGCGGUCGGAAUACCGUGGAAUACCGUGAUUCUCAUGAGCUGACUUAUCAUAUCAUGAGCGAGCCGGGAUUCGGAUACUGAUAUGUCAUGUGGGCUGAUUUAUAUAAGGACGCGUUGAU